AUGGAGAAAACUAAAAUCAGCUCCGAGGAAGGAGCAGGGGCGGAGAAGCCCAAGAGAUCAGUGAGAAUGUCAGCUAAACCUGCUCAUGCCAAAGUGGAAACAAGCCAAAAAAAAAAAAAAAAGCAGCAGAAAAGGAUAACUUCAGACAAAAAAGUACAAAUAAAAGGGAAAAGGGGAGCCAAAGCAGCUAAACAAGAAACUAAAAGUUUACCUUCAGAAAACGAAGGAACUAAAAACAAGGCAAGUCCAGCCUCUGAUGAAGCAGGAGAGAAAGAAGGCAUGUCUGAUUAG